UUACUAUUGAGGAAAUCCCUCCUCCUUGAAACCGAAAGAAGAAGCGCUCUCCGGUUGGCCAGGGAAGGCUGGCGGUAUUUCCUUCCCUGGGUUAUCUGUAAAACGUGCUGCUGCUCUGUGUGAAGAGCUAACAGCUAGGUCAAUACGGGAAAGGUAGACCUGGAAAAGCUGACGUCUGACUGAGGCCAACCGGGAAACGGUGUUCAUUCACUCGCUGAGUUGAGGCGGCUAGUGUUAGCAUAGCAAUCUGCAUCAAAUUUUAAGAUGUCCUACUCCUCAUCACGAAGCUCCUCGCGCAACACUGACUGCAAGGUAUAUGUAGGUGACCUAGGCAACGGUGCUGCCAAGGGGGAGUUGGAGCGGGCGUUCAACUACUAUGGACCUUUGCGCAGUGUCUGGGUGGCCAGGAACCCACCUGGUUUUGCCUUUGUCGAGUAUGAAGAUCCCAGAGAUGCUGAGGAUGCGACGAAGGGCAUGGACGGCAAAGUGCUCUGUGGUGCCCGCAUAAGAGUGGAGUUGUCAACGGGUAUGUCUCGCAAGUCGCGCCACGACCGCCCCAGCCGCCGGCACUUCGACCCCAACGACCGCUGCUACCAAUGUGGCGAGAAUGGCCAUUAUGCAUAUGACUGCUAUCGCUUUAGCAAGAGGGGGGGUGGCCGCCGCAGCAGGUCCCGCUCACGGUCAAGAUCCAGGGGAAGGCGUUACCGCUCACGCAGCCGAAGCAACGGCCGCGACCGCAGGCGUUAUAAAUCCCCAUCAUACUCAAAGCGCAGAAGCAGUAGAUCUGGGUCCCCAGCACGUUCCAAGUCCAGAAGUCCAGUGCGCAGGUCGUCCAGAAGUCCAGUGCGCAGGUCGUCCAGAAGUCCAGUGCGCAGGUCGUCCAGAAGUCCAGUGCGCAGAGCAGCAAGUCGCUCCCGAUCUCGCUCCCGUUCCGUGUCCCGCCCCAGGGCGCGCAGCGUCUCCAGAUCUCGCUCUCGGUCCAAGUCCCGCUCAGCCACCACCAAGAGGGACAGUCGAUCCAGGUCUACGAGCCAGAGGAAAAGCCCCACUCCUGAUGCCGACUGACCAUGGGGGUGAGACCGCUCCCUGCCCUCUCCUGUUCCGCUGUCCCUGUUUGCCUCGGGGCUUGAAGCCAUUUUACACCAUUGUCUAUGUAUUUGAUUUCUUUCUCCUCCUGUCAUUUUUUUAUUUAUCCCUUGCUUUUCAUCCUCUGGUUUUGGCAUUAUUUCAUCUGUAUGUACAAAGGAUUCCCAAACUCCUUUUUCCAUCAUGUACAUUUCAAUGGCUCGUUUUACAGUAUUUUUUAUUUGUUUUUGCUUUCUGUGCGUUUAACUCCAGUUUGUCUGUGUCCCAACAUUUUAAGCUAAAUGAUUUGGGGUUUUAUUUCAUUUUCAAUGUAAAUGGCGGGAUCUUUUUAAUAAAAUUAAUCUUUACACUUA